AUGGUUGGUGCAAUGGGAACUCAUCCUAUGUCGACAAAUGUUGUUCCCCGUGAAAAAUGGUCUUUAAAAUCAUUAUUUUAUUCCCAAUUCGAUUCACCAACAAUAGAAAAAAAAUACAAUUUAAAUUAUUUAAGAAAAACUUAUCCACCAAGUCAUCGGUUACUUGUCGUUAUUUUAAUCAGUCAUGCAUUAAUUAAUUCACUUGAAAUAUUCUUAUUUAAGUCAAUAUCUGAAAAGAAAAACAUAAUUCAUUUAAGCAUAUUAACGAUUAGUAUUUGUUUAAAUAUUUUAUCAUUAAUUAUAAUAAAUCGUCUAAAAAAUCGUAUCUUAUCAAAUAUAAUAUCUAUCAUAUGUCUUUGUCCAUUGACUAUUUUAAGUUGUUUAUAUCCAGAAGAAUGUCAUAUCUAUUUGUUAAUCAUAUUAAUAUAUUCAUUAGCAAAUUUUUCUGUACUUUUAUCAAUUUUAAUAUCGAUUUCAAUAACAGUUAUAAUUACAGCGUUAACAUUGAAUUCAAAAAUAUGUUUAGUAUUAUUACUAAUAACAAAUAUAUUUGGUAUUUAUUUAAAUCGUCUUGUCGAUAUAACAAUGCGUUCUGCCUACAACCAAUUAUGUAAAAAUGCGAAUGUCCGCGGUACAUUAUUAAGCGAACAUACAUUAAUAUCAAAAAUGAUUGAUUCAUUAAUGCCACGUAAAUAUGCGAGGGUCAUUAUGGAGGAUUUUGACGUAUUUCGUGAACGUGUACAAAAUGUUAAUAUAUCUCGUCAAGGUGAAGAUGAAUUGCAAAUGGCUACUUUUCGUCCAUUACAUAUUGAAAGAAUGGAAAAUGUUUCGAUUUUAUUUGCUGAUAUUGUUGGUUUUACUCUCAUGUCAUCAAAUAAAAGUGCAUCACAAUUAGUUUCAUUAUUAUCGGAUUUAUAUGGAAGAUUCGAUGAUUUAUGUGUUCAAAUGUCAUGUGAAAAAAUAGCUACGUUAGGUGAUUGCUAUUAUUGUGUCAGCGGUUGUCCUGAACCACAAGAAGAUCAUGCAAAAGCUUGCGUAUUAAUGGGUUUAGCUAUGAUUAAUGCUAUUGAAGAAUUUGAUCAAGAUAAUAAUGAAGAAGUUGAUAUGAGAGUUGGUGUUCACUCGGGUUCAGUUAAUUGUGGAAUUGUUGGAACAAAAAAAUUCAAAUUUGAUAUAUUUUCAAAUGAUGUUACUUUAGCGAAUAAAAUGGAAUCAACUGGAAAGCCAAGUUAUGUUCACAUUACCGAAGCGACUCAUUUACUAUUGAAACAAGAUGAGUUUCAAUUUGAAGAAGGUCCACCAUAUACAUCAUCAAACAAAGUUUUAAUUAAAACAUAUUUUGUGGCAAAAAGACAUCUAUCUCAUCGGAUAACACGAAAACCACCGCAUAUGACAUUAGCAACUGCUGCAGCUGUUGCCGUUGCUUCAGGAGUUUCAGUUGGUGUUUCUUUGAACGAAACAAAUGAUAUUCCGAAUCAAUCCGAAACAACACCUGUAACAAGUCCACUAUUAGAAGAGGUUGCACAAGCUCGACGGGCAACAAUAUGUGAAGAAGAAUUUCCACAAGAUCUAGAAAAUCUUGUCAAUGUUGAAAACGUCAAUGAAACAACAUUUGAAAAUGAAGAAAAAGAAUUGGUUAUGGCGUUUAAUAUUUUAACAUUAAAAUAUAAAGAUGAUAAAUUAGAAAAAGGUUUUUCAGCUCAUGUUGGUUCGCAUUCAUUAUUAAUUUUGGAAGUUAUUUUAUCGAUUCUAUCACUUUUAUUUAUUUACAUUUAUUUCCCAAAAAAGAAUUUCGUAUCAAUAAUCAUGGGAAUAAUAAUUGGUAUAAAAUUAAUUUUAACAUUGAUUUUGAUUCGUUUUCAUCGUAUUUUGCUUCAUUGGUGGAUUUUAAGACAUUUCAUAGCUUCUUUUUAUCUUCUAUCUCCUUUAAUUAUUAUUUUAAUUCAAAUUUCUAAAUAUGAUGAUACAACUUCACCAGCUUUUAUCGUUUUUAUUUCAACAUAUCUUAUCUUAGGUGCAUCUGUAUCUCAUUUGAUUAAAAUUCUUAUUGCCAUAUUAUCUAUUUCAAUUUAUCUUCCAUUGUUUAUUUAUAAACAAGAAAUGCCAAAAUCAUCAAUAUUGGAUAUAAGUAUAUGCAUAUUUAUAUCAUUGAUUGUCUUAUAUGGAAUAACUCGUCAAGUAGAAGUAGCUCGUCGUUCUCAAUAUCAUGUUGGUCACAAGUCUUCUGAACAACAACAUGAAAUAGAAAAAGAGCGUGCACGUGCUGAUUGGCUUUUAAGAAAUAUUUUACCAGAACAUGUUAUUGAGCCUUUACGUCUUCGUGGUGGUUCAUAUUCUCGUAAUCAUCCAUGUGUUGGUGUUCUUUUUGCUUCAUUGAUUAAUUUUCAUGUUAUGUAUGAAGAACAAUAUGAAGGUGGAAAGUUUUAUGCAAGAAUUUUAAAUGAAUUCUAUGGAGAUAUUGAAGAAUUAUUUUUGAAUCCAAGAUUUUCAAAAAUUGAAAAAAUAAAAACUAUUGGAGCAACAUUUAUGGCUGCAUCUGGUUUACAAGCAGAUUCGAAUGAUCAGAAUUCAUUAGAAUCUGUUUGUGAUCUUGUUGAUUUUGCUUUGGCAUUUCAAUCGACUAUGCAUCGAUUUAAUGAAGCACUCUUAAAUUUUGCAUUUGAAAUUCGAAUGGGUCUUAAUUUUGGACCAGUCACAGCGGGUGUUAUCGGUACAACAAAUUUAUCUUACGAUAUUUGGGGUGAUACAGUUAAUGUUGCUUCAAGAAUGGACUCAACUGGUGAACAAGGACGCAUUCAAGUUCCUGAACAUGUAGCAUUGGCUUUGGAAGAUAAAUAUAAAUUUGACUUAAGAGGAAAAAUCAAUGUUAAAGGAAAAAAUUUUAUGACAACAUAUUUUCUUAAAGCAAUUUAA